UUUGUAUAUAUUAUUGUUAUGCGAAUUACUCUCUCUCUGUAUAUGGACUCACAGUCUCUCUCUUCUUUUCGUUUAGGGUUCGUGAGCGGUGGAAGGGGAACUGCCCGAUCACUGUUCCAGAUGGGUGAAUUUCUGUAUCAGAUCUUCAAGUGAUCAUUCGCGUUGUAUUAUACAUUUUUUGCGGUUGAAGGUUCACACCAGGUCGCUUGAUCGAAUGAAUUUAGAAAGGCGUUGAACUUUUGUUCUUCAUGGCUGAUACUCUAUGAUUAGGGUGUAAAGGAUUUGAUUGCUGGCAUUAAAUUUACGAGAAGUAAACGGUGCUUUGCUGCCGGUGAUUGUCACAUUUAUUUCUUUGAUAUCAUUGGUGUAAACCCAGCUCACCAUUUUUAUCAUCUGUGCCGAGAAAGAAUGGGAGCUGCUUGUUGUGUUGCUGCAAAGGAUAGAACUAUAGUGAGCAGAUCACCUGGUGAAACACUGCAGCGGCACACUCGCUAUUCACCAACUUGGAGCUUUCGAUGGGAUAAUCGUGGGCGAGUGGCUGGGGAAGAAACAUCGGUUAAUUGGCUACAUGAUCGAGGUGGCGGCAACAGUCACAUAGAAGUCAAAUCUGGAACCACUGUUGACACUGCUUUUGCUUCUCAGGAGAGCAGUCCGUUAAAUGCUCCACAGUCACCUGCGGUUUCCAAACUCCCACCCUCUGUAGGGAAUGGUGAGUUUUCAAGGCACCUAUCUUCUGGUCAGCCGGUGUUGCAGAAUAUUAUGGAGGUAUGUAAAGAGGAUGAUUAUAAUCGGUUCGAUCUUUUAGAGGUGAAGGAGCCGAUAGAUGCGCCGUCCGUUUCGUGUCCGUACCCUGUCAAGCUCUCCCCUUCUGCACCGUCUAUGUCUGCCUCUCCACCAAAUUCGACUCCUUCAAGAUGGCUUCGCCGCUCUUCAGGACAACAAUUGCUCCGUCAAGGAUCCGACGCUGCCCGGAAUCCCAAACCCAAGCCGCCGUCACCGACGCUCUCGAUAUCCGAGGAGCCACCUGUGUUUCUCCCUCCUGCUUGGGGCAAUGACACAUCCAUGGGAUCCAAUGGUGGUUCUUCGGACAAUUGGUCGAUCCCGACUUUCCAUGAGCUCGUGACCACUCGGAAAGAGCGGUGGUCUUUUGAUAGCGAAGCGUCGGGAUUCAGCCGCGACAAAAUUGCCGGGCAUAGCCCUGCAUCUGCUUCCUUUGACCUCCAAACCUGUGGUAUUUGCACGAAGCUUCUAACCGAGAGAUCCGUAUGGGGAUGCACCAGCCAGAAGAUAAUCUCCGCCAACGAAGUUGCUGUCGUCGCAGUUCUAACAUGCGCGCACGUCUACCAUGGCGAAUGCUUGGAAUGCUUGACUCCCGAAAUCCACAAGUACGACCCUCCUUGCCCUGUCUGUACCUACGGGGAGAAGCGCACGGUGAAGAUGGCCGAAAAGGCGCUGAAAUCCGAAAUGGACUCGAAAGCUAAGAAACGAUCAAGGAGACGUGUAGUCGAUGAUGAUCUCAACACAGGCAUGUUCGACCACUUCAAAGGCCGAGGUGACGGAAGGAGCUCGAAAUCGACCUCGAGUUCAGGCACAAAGGGGAAGCCUUUCCUCCGGCGGCACUUCUCUUUCAGCUCGAAAACGAGCCGAUCUUCUUCGAUGUCCGAGAACAACCAAUCCCCUUUCAAGAAGGGGUUUCUAUGGUCAAGAUCCAUCAAAUACUGAUUCAAGAAAGUAAUGUUCCCUUCCGAUCAUAUAAAGAAAAAAAGAAAAGAAAAGAAAGAUCCCCGUCGUCGGAAGAAUCGGAACAACAAAAGUCCGAUCGCCUUACUUGAUGUGACGAAGAGGAAACGAACGACGACGAAUCAGGUAUCGAAUCUACACACACACAGACAUAAUACACAUUGUAAAGGGCAGAAUCAAUAAAAACGUUCUGAGAAUGAGAAGUGGUAAGAGGAAUGGGGAUUUUAUAUGAUUUGUGGUUGUGUAGUAUCAUGAAAUAUGGUAUGAAUGGUAAGGAAAAGGUGUAGGUUGUGUGGCUUUUAUUUUAUUUUAUUUUUUUAAAAAAAAUUUGAUUUAUUACGUGUAUGUAUUAAAUUUAAUUACAUUACAUGGUGAGAGGCUGCUGAUUACUGCU